UGUGAAUUAUUGCUUAUGGUGAUAAAUAUCUCCUCAUUAAUAAAAACUAUAAAUGAUUCCAGUCGUUGGUUUUUAUCACUUCAUUCAAAAAAGUGCCAUAAAGAAUUAUGGCGCGAAGUGCGCCUAUCUUCAUACUGUACAGGGUGUCAGACGUCACGGUCUUCUCCAUCGUGUGCUCGCGUGAAUCGAAGAGAAAAGAUGUUUGCGUCAAUCUAUGAGGCUGCCCGCCAUUCGGCCCUUCGCGGGCCCCUCACGAAGGUGCAGUGCGAGGAGGCUGCCCAGGAGCCCAGCAAUGGCGCCGUGGUGCCUCUCGUGACCGGUCGCCAGAUCGCCGCCGCCGCUGCUCCGGUUGAGGGCGAUUCCUGCGAGUUCGGCUCCCUCAAGUACUACGGCCUCUGCUGCUUCGGCGGCACGUUGUCGUGCGGAUUGACGCACACAGCUGUGGUGCCCCUGGAUCUGGUGAAGUGCCGUCUGCAGGUGGACUCGGCCAAGUACAAGAACCUCAUCACCGGCUUCCGUGUCACGCUCAAGGAGGACGGUGUCCGCGGUCUGGCCAAGGGAUGGGCCCCAACCUUCUGGGGCUACUCGGCACAGGGUAUGUGCAAGUUUGGCUUCUACGAGGUGUUUAAAGUCUACUAUGCUAAUUUGAUUGGAGAUGAGAAUGCCUACUUGUACCGAACAUCUCUGUAUCUGGCCGCAUCGGCGUCGGCAGAGUUCUUCGCCGACAUCGCUCUGUCUCCCUUUGAGGCGGCCAAGGUGAAGAUCCAGACCACUGCCGGCUACGCUAACAACUUCCGCGAGGCUGCGCCAAAGAUGUUUAAGGAGGAGGGCAUUGCUGCCUUCUACAAGGGUCUCGUGCCGCUGUGGAUGCGUCAGAUUCCGUACACCAUGAUGAAGUUCGCCUGCUUUGAGCGCACGGUGGAGGCCCUGUACCAGUACGUGGUGCCCAAACCGCGGGCGGAUUGCACCAAGAGCGAGCAGCUGGUAGUUACCUUCGCCGCCGGCUACAUCGCCGGUGUCUUCUGCGCCAUCGUGUCGCAUCCGGCUGACGUGGUGGUGUCCAAGCUGAACCAGGCUAAGGGCUCCACAGCCGUUCAGGUGGCGAAGGAGUUAGGCUUCAUGGGCAUGUGGAAGGGCCUGAUGCCCCGUAUCAUCAUGAUUGGUACACUCACGGCGCUGCAGUGGUUCAUCUAUGACGGCGUUAAGGUGGCACUUCGUCUGCCACGCCCGCCGCCGCCCUCGAUGCCCGAGUCCCUGAAGCAGAAGCUCGAGGGUUCACAGUAGGACGCAAAACAAUUAGAGAGCUAUCGUAAAUUAAAUUAAAAUCAGAAGACAGAGAAUAACGAGAAAAGAAGCACGGAGAAAGGCUGUGCUGGUAAAUGGCUGGCUUCUCUCUGCGAGAAUUUCCUGCAAAAUAUUCAAUCAUUCUUUCGAAGCGCAGUAUUCUGUUCGAAUAUUCAACACUCCAUGGAUUUGUCUAGUUGAGACAAAUCCAAAUAGCGCAUUUCACUUUUAACUAUCUUCUACAAAAUCAGUGUAUAUUUUUAUUUUGUUUGGAAUAUUAUGUAUAAUGUAGACGGAAUGUAUAAUAUUCAUUCAUGAUUGAGAACUCAAUAAAAUCGAGCAGAAUGUUGAACAAUA